UUGCAGUCUGCAUGCUGCUGCUGCAGCAUUGGGUGGUGGUGAUCGGGUUGUAGCGGACCCCCCCUCCAUCUUCCAGCCUCCAUGACGCGGUGUAGCACGUCUCAGGCUUCCAUUUCGGGGGUGCACUUGGAGCCCCUGGAAUACUCCGACUGUGGAUGCCGAAAACUCAGAGAUCUCAUGUCUCAACGCUCAUUUUGUCCCCGCCAGGUCUGACCAGUGCGGCGAGACCCGACAUCCGCGACUGAAACUGAGAUAUGCAAGCAAUCGAAUGUUCCUGUGGUAGGAUUGGAGCCAGGGUGAAGGAUUGUGAACGUCGUUAGAAUAGGAGCGGAGGUAGCGGCGUGUUCUGAGUGAUUUGGAAAAAUCGAGGCACUUCUUCUGAUUCCGUCUCUUUUUCACAGUGUGGUCGCAUGGAAGGAUUGAUUGAUUGAAGAGAUGAAGGAGGAUUUGUCGUUUUGGCUGGCUGGAUUCUCUUUCCCAUGCACGUACUGUCAGCGGUUUUUCUUUCCACGCAAUCUACGUCGUGGCCUCGCAUGAGCAGUCGUUUCAAUUCCUCAUCAUAUGGACACUACCCAGCCCUUUCCGCCCCUGUGAUUUCCCUUCACUCUGAUCUAGUUAAUCCGUCUUCAAUUAUUAGCAUUGUACUCUUCUUCUCUGUGGUUGAGCUCAACAGGCACUCGUUGCUCCAAUCAAUGCACAUGGCAGAAAUUCUCUUACAAUGCGCUUAAUUAUAUGGCUUGCUGCGGCUCGACUUGGUCCCCGAACCCUAAAUGUCUCCCUGUAGGCAUUCAGUUGUAAGCAGAUUCUGGUGGUGGAAAUAGGAAUGAAUUAGUGGUCUGCAUUUCAGUCACCUCUAUGGAUGCUUCCAUCUUCUGUUAUGGCAGGUUUAAGCAGUGCUCUUGUAUCUGCAUUUUCUUCGCCAGAAAAAAAUACUAUUCACGUUGUGCAUGCAUCAGCUACUUCAACUGCUGAAUUAUGCCCAAAUCACAUUAUGUUUGAAGCAGAGCCGACAUGGCUGCACUCAAGCCGCGCAGUUCUCUACGCUUUUUGCAUUAUUUACUGCUUCGUAGGGUUGGCUACGAUCACCAACCUCUACAUGGAGGCGAUGGAGAAAAUCGUUCACCAAACUCGUAAAGUUGUUCGUCAUAAUUACGAAAUAGGCAGCGAUGAAAUAGUUCAUGAAAGGAUAUGGAAUCUAGUAAUUGCAGAUAUUACUCUCUUGGCACUGGGGACUAGCGCUCCUCAGAUUUCGCUGGCUAUAAUUGAUGCUUUCCAGCAGCUUGGUCAGAAGACUGAAGCGGGCUUGGGUCCAGGAACAAUUAUUGGCUCUGCAGCAUUCAAUCUCUACAUUAUUCUUGCCGUCUGCGUUCUUGUUCCUAAAGCUGGCUCCACCAAACACAUCCGGAGUAUUGGAGUAUGGAUUGUUGAAUUGACUUGGUCGAUGUGGGCUUAUAUCUGGCUUGCAAUUAUCCUGCAGGUGUCUUCUCCCGACGUGGUAGAGCCGUGGGAAGCUGUAUGCACAGUUUUGCAGUUUCCCAUUCUUAUGAUGCAUGCCUACGUCCAAGACGUAGGCUUGGAGACCUUGUGCUGUCCAAGCAUGAUUGUUUCAUGGAAGCCCAUUAGGAAGUAUUUUUCACUGGCAAUUUACGACGGCGAAAUCCAUGAUCAGUCAGCUUCUUUCUCCAAUCUUGAAGUCUUCUCGGAGCAAAGUACAUCUGACUUGGAGCGCGUAGAUCUGCAAUAUCUACCUAUGAAAGAAAUUAGAAAUGGGGUCACAUUUGAUGAUCAUAGGAUUUCGCCAUUUGAACGGCAGCAGGUCAUAGGUGCAAACGACAUAAGUGAACAACUGACUUGUGGCAGCAAGAAUUCAGAGAGCAAUCAAGAAUUGGUUAAGUUGCGAUCGACGAAUGAAAUUGACGAACAUACCUCUGGACGGACCAAUGCUUGUUCCCUCUGGAAGAUGCAGUUUCUUGACGCCAUUUUUAUCGAGAAGCAUGUAGAUGAGAGUGGGAAGGAUCAUUCCCCGAUAGCUGUGGAUUGUGUUGGUCAUCUAAUCAUAUUACCGUGGAGGUUUCUCUUUGCUUUUCUUCCACCACCGAUGCUGUUAAAUGGAUGGCCGGCUUUCAUGUGUGCUCUGGCCUUCAUUACAGUCAUUUCCUGUUUCCUGAUCAAACUGGCCAAUUCAUUUGGUUGCGUCACAGGGGUUUCGGAUUACGUUUUGGCCUUGACGAUCCUGGCAGUCGGUACUUCUUGGCCUGAUCUAAUUGCAAGUAAAAUUGCUGCCAAGCAUCUUCCUACAGCAGAUUCAGCCAUAGCCAACAUUAAUGCAAGCAACUGUAUCAACGUUUACGUCGGCACUGGGAUUCCAUGGCUGCUGCAAUCCUUUUACAACAAGCUCCAGUUGGACGAAGAGUUCAGAGUUCCCUCUGUCGGCAUUGGGUUUUCGCUCAUGCUCUUCUUGGUCACCUUUGUGCUCUGCCAAAUUGUCGUCGUUGGACGGAGAUUCAUUUUCGAAGGAGAGCUGGGAGGACCGCGCAAGUGGGCGUGGGCUUCCUCGUUUUACUUCAUAUUUCUGUGGCUCAUUUUUGUUAUCUUUUCAUGCCUCAGAAAUUACAAUUUGUUGUAGAAAAUACAUUAUUUCUACCUCCAUCUAUUUGAUCGAACACAGUCAAUACCAGAAUUGAUUGACCAAUCAAUAUGCUUUUCUUUCCCAAAAUAUUAUACAGUAAAAACUCAUAGUCCUCUCAUCUUA